UCCGCGCGCGCAGAUAAGUGGCUGUGUAAUGUUAAGGCGCGCGGGCGGCUCGAGCUCAGGACUCGCUGCUGAGAGCCGGAAGGAGUCGGACCCGCGUGCUGCCGAGUUUCUGCGCUGAGCUGACCGAGAUUACCCGGGAUUAGAGCGACCAUGGCCGGGGUGUGUGUGAACGAUAAGACGCCCGGGCAGGACUGCGAGAGGAAGGACAAGGUUGAGCUACAUGUGCAUCUAGAUGGCGCAAUCCGGAUUGAGACCAUUAUGGAUGUGGCUAAGAGGCGAGGUAUUCCUCUUUCUGCAGACACGGUGGAAGAGUUGACCCGCCAGAUCACAGUCACUGAACCCUCAUCGCUUACCGAGUUCCUGGGCAAGUUCAGUAAAUUCAUGCACGUCAUUGCAGGGGACAGAGAAGCCAUUAAGAGAAUAGCGUACGAGUUUGUGGAGACCAAAUCCAAAGAGGGAGUGAUCUACGUGGAGGCGAGGUACAGCCCUCACUUUAUGGCAAACUGUGACGUGGAUCCGAUACCGUGGGAUCAGGAAAAAGGGGAUCUGACACCAGACGAAGUGGUAAAUCUGGUGAAUCAGGGCCUGAAGGAGGGCGAGGAGGCCUUCAAGACCAAAGCCAGGUCCAUUCUGUGCUGCAUGCGCCACAUGCCAAACUGGUCCAUGGACGUGGUGGAGCUCUGUAAGAAGUACCGGAAUGAUGGAGUGGUGGCUAUAGAUUUAGCAGGAGACGAGGCUCUAAACUGCGAAAUGUAUCCAGGACACUUAAACGCGUAUACGGAAGCAGUAAAAAGCGGGAUCCACAGAACAGUCCAUGCAGGAGAGGUGGGCGCAGCGUCUGUGGUUAAAGAGGCUGUCGAGAUCCUGAAGGCCGAGCGCAUUGGACACGGCUACCGCACCAUAGACGACAAGGAACUGUACCAACAGCUGCUUAAAGACAGGAUGCACUUCGAGAUGUGUCCAGUCUCCAGCAGACUGACAGGAGCUUGUGACCCAGACUUCACGAAGCAUCCGCUCAUCAGGUUUAAGGAGGACAAGGCCAACUUUUCUCUGAACACAGACGACCCAACAGUCUUCAACUCCACCCUCGAAUCUGACUACCAGGCUGUGAAGAAAUAUAUGGGCUUCACUGAAGAAGACUUCAGAGAUCUGAAUAUAAACGCGGCAAAGUCCUGCUUCCUGCCUGAUGACGAGAAGGAGGAGCUCCUGAAUCAUCUCUACAAAGUUUACGGCAUGGUGAACGACACCAGCUUCUAAACGGAUCUCCUUCACUCCUCCACUCCUCCACUCAUCCGCUCUUACCUCCAAUUACUCUACCAAUCUCAGACAUUGGGGAAGGCUUUUAUAGUUUACCGUACAGUUUUCAAGUACUUAUUGUUGUUUUCUAUUUGGUUAAAAGAUUUAAGAGUCAUGGAAUGAAAAUAA